UCCCAGAAAGCACCGCGCGCCGUCGCCUCUGUUGAAAUGAGAGGGGGACUCGGUUCAGCAACAUUCUUCUUUGCCCAGUCUUCUGUUUCGGGCCUCACUAACAACAUUUCCCACUCGGUUUGCUCGCAGUUAUUUGGGACCUGCAGUCGUGUUUUCUUCUCUUCUCCGCAGUUAUAAACUCUCCUCGUUGAGGUAAACUCGUCUUCAGCUGGUCCGGGGAGGCAGAGCUAGUUUACAUUAGCCAGCCGCUACCAGUAGAUUUACGGCUUAUACCCGAGGCUGCCAGGUAGAUCAACUAAAGCUCGGGGGCGCUUGUCGGCCACGAUGGUUCGGUCGGGUCACCGAUUUCAAAGUAUUGAUCAGACUGGUAAAUAAUUCAGCUGAUUCGGGUAAAAAUAAAUAAAAAAUCCACGCAACCUUUGUCCUGACUUCUACGCAUCCCGUCUGGUUCGGCCUGUUUCAUUGUCUCCGAAACAACAACAGGCAAGUGGGGUUAUUUUUUCCAGUGUCAGCGGGUUGUUUGGCUCGCGAGGGCCGUGUGAGUGUAAACAAACCGGUCAGCUGUCCACCAGAUCCCCGCCGAGGCCUCCUGGUUGAGCAUGGCGCAACACAGCCAGGGUCCCGUAGCCAGCUCGCAGAAAGCCCUCAUGCUGGAGAUGAAGAGCCUCCAGGAGGAGCCCGUCGAGGGCUUCAAAAUCACACUGGUGGACGAGGCCGACAUGUACAACUGGGAAGUGGCCAUUUUCGGGCCCCCAAACACUCAUUACGAAGGAGGGUAUUUUAAGGCUCGGAUCAAGUUCCCCAUAGACUACCCAUACUCCCCACCGGCCUUCCGCUUCCUCACCAAGAUGUGGCACCCCAACAUCUAUGAGAACGGGGAUGUGUGUAUCUCCAUAUUGCACCCUCCAGUGGACGACCCGCAGAGUGGAGAGCUGCCUUCAGAGAGGUGGAAUCCCACCCAGAAUGUCCGGACGAUUUUGCUGAGUGUGAUCUCGCUGCUGAACGAACCCAACACCUUCUCCCCAGCCAAUGUGGACGCCUCUGUCAUGUACCGCAAGUGGAGGGACAGCAAGGGCAAGGACCGCGAAUACGUGGAGAUCAUCAGAAAACAGGUAUCGGCCACCAAGGCGGAAGCCGAACGCGAUGGCGUGCGGGUGCCCACCACGCUGGCCGAGUACUGCAUCCGCACGCGCGCCCCGGCCCCCGACGAAGGCUCCGACCUCUUCUAUGACUAUUACUAUGACGACGACGACGUGGACGGGGAGGACGGCGACUGCUGCUACGCCGAAGACGACUCGGGUAACGAGGAGUCAUGACCUGCCGUUUGACUGCAUCCCGCCCGUAGCUGGCGUACUGCUACCCGUGUUUUUUUUCUGUCUGGGUUGCUAGGAAAUCUUGGUCGACACCCAAGAAAGAUUCGAAGCUUCCCACUUCUCUAAACCAAUGAAAAGAGGUUCUCUGAAAUACUUCCAGAUGCUAAACAUCGAUGCACUGCUGUAGAGGGGUUAGACCUAGUAAAAUUUGCACCAGCACAAAAAGUUACCAGUUUCCUCAAUUUUACAGACAUCAUCAUUUCCAUUAUCACCCAUUACCUUACUUUCAGAGAAUAUUACUUGACCCUAUUCAGCUGUCCUGCCUACUGUGCAGUAUAUGGUGGGGUUAAUACCACUUUGAACAAUCGCCACAUUUGCACUGGUGCAAACGCUUCCAGACUCCACUCAGCAUCCCUCUCGACCAUCUUUAUUUCCCGUAAUCGCGGGUGCCCGCUCACCAGUAGUCCGUCUCAGUGACUGACGGCCGUCUGAGGGCUUCAAGCACCCUGCGUCCGUCCUGAACACCCUAUUGCAAAUCCGCCGAAUCACACAUUUUCAAAUUUUACGAUCUGUUGGGCUUCGAUAUGACGGGAUGUCACAACGUCCUUAAAGUUCUUGUGCAUGCCGAAAUGUGAUCGGAAGCUUUUUGGCCCUUUUACCGAUGGACCGUUUAGCCCCCCUCUGGAUGCUUUUUCAGCUGGGGGAGAAGAGGGACUGAUGAUGACCGAGAUGCCAGAGAACUUUGUAUUUGGACGACCAGCUGGCCAGCUGCGUCACUCGGUCAAAUCCUCAUCUGAACUGUUUUGGUAACAAGAAAUUGAUUUAUUUGCUGUUUUUCUUCUGGUUACUGUUUGAUGUGUUUCUGUGUCAUCCUGAGUGUGGGGUUAUGGUGUUUUGAAGUAGCUCAGAAUUAAUAGUUAUUCAGGGGGGCACAACUAAUUACUGAUCAGAAUUGUAUUUCUUCUCAUGUUUGCUCUCUUGAGAGGCUUGACGGAGCCAAAGACGCAAGGCAGUGUGAAAGAAAGCCCAAACUGACGGCUGUGUUCUGGUCUUUGGUUGCUCUCCUGCAGGCUUUGUUGUUCUAGUCUCUUUCUUUGGUUUGACGUUAUUUCUGCAAUCUUUUGCAUGGAAUGAUUUACGUGAUGAGAUUUGGUUUGAUUGGCAGAAAAAGGCUUCUAUAGGAAAAAUGUCUGUCAAAAAGUGUUGUUGCGGUAUCGGUCAGAAUUGUCACUUUUUUUUUGCCCCUGAAAUGAAAGAAAAGAAAGCCGUCAUGUUCCGUUUUCAUUUAUAUUUUUUGUUUCAGCAGAGAUUAGACAGGUUUUGAUAUAAUUUUAGAGUGCAUGUGUAUUUUUGCAUAAGCAAUAUUGAUUGUUUAAUUAACUCAAAUUAGGACUUCAUACUGAAUUUCUCAGGAUAAUGAAUUGCUUACGACAAAACAAUUAACACAAGCAACUAGUUUACUCUUUUAGGUGGUCUUCAGAGUUGGUUUACAGCUUCAAUAGGAACCAUAACUGAUAUGCACACGUAGCUCCAUGUAUGAAUGCUGUAUUGUUUUAUUCAGCUGUGUUUCUUUUUUUAUUUUCGGCUAUUUAAACUGAAAAAUAAAGAUUUAUUGGGAAAAAACUUU